AUGGGUCAAAUACUGUCUUCACCCAUAACCACAAAGCACUCGACCGAAGGGAAAGACGCAAUGUUUUUGUUUGGUGCCUCGUCUAUGCAAGGCUGGAGAAUAACUAUGGAAGAUGCGCACACUCAUAUAUUAGACUACGACAGUACAGGCGCUGGCUUCUUUGCUGUGUUUGAUGGCCAUGGAGGCGCCAAUGUGGCUAAAUACAGCAGUCAAAAUCUAGCAAGAAUUGUGAUGGAAUCAGACGAUUUCAAAAAGGGACACUAUCAGGAAGCUCUGCGCAAAGGAUUUCUCAAGAUUGAUCAAGACUUGCGUGCAGAUCCCGAGUAUGAACAAGAAACCUCUGGUUGUACCGCCAUUGUCGCGCUAUUAACAAAGGACAACAACUUGUACGUGAGCAAUGCCGGCGAUUCGCGUGCCAUCAUCUGCACCGACGGCAAAGCGAUUGCCUUGUCUGAGGAUCACAAACCUGGCAGUCAGAAAGAGACUGACCGAAUUGAAAAGGCGGGUGGACAUGUGGAAUUUGGACGUGUGAAUGGCAAUCUUGCAUUGUCCCGAGCCUUGGGUGAUUUCGAGUUCAAAACUGCAAAUUUGCCACCGGAACAGCAAGCUGUAACAGCUAAUCCCGAUAUCACAGUGCAUAAGUUGACUGAAAAGGAUGAGUUUAUGGUGCUGGCGUGCGAUGGUAUCUGGGAUUGCUUAUCCAACGCGGAAGUCGCCGCAUUUAUUCGCAAGCAGGUUGCCAACGACGUACCUUUGAAGGAGAUUUGCGAGCGGUUAAUGGACACUUGCCUUGCUGAUUCCACAGGCACAGGCGGUGUUGGAUGUGAUAAUAUGACUGUGGAGAUUGUUGCAUUCUUGAAUGGUCAAUCAGAGGAGCAAUGGUACGCUAAAAUUAGAGACUCUGUAGCUGCUGUGUCUCCCAUGGAUGUCCCCAACAGCAUCAACUCUACACAACAAAGUAAUGAAGAGGAGGAGCACAAAAAAGACCAGCAGCAACAGCAAGAGCAACCAGCAAAAGAAGGAACGAAAAAUUAA